AUCUUCUUCAUCUCCAUCUCCAUCUCCAUCUCCAUUUCCAUCUUCAUCUCCUUGAUUGAUUCGAUUUGAAUCUUGAUUUGUAUCUCCAAACCCUAAUUCAUUAGAAUCAGAUUUAGUGCAAUGCGGGUGUGUUAUUCACCAGAAUUCAGAUCCAUGAAUAAGGAUUCAACUUCGUUUCGUAAUUCCGGUGCAUACACAAGCCCAGGUACUCCUGAUUACAAGGAUAACCAUGGCUGCAGCGGCGGUGGCGGAGGAGGUUUUCAAAAGGGUUGGUGCUCGGAAAGGGUACCGUUGCCGAGCAAUAGUAACCGGCGGCGUGCCAGUUCGAAUGUAUUGAUGAAUGGAAGAACAUUGCCUUCAAAAUGGGAUGAUGCCGAAAGGUGGAUUACGAGUCCAGUUUCUGGUUCUGGGUUUUGCAAGACUCUAGCUCCACCGUCCCAACGACGACCCAAAUCAAAAAGUGGACCAUUGGGGGACACUCCAUAUUUUUCGAACCAUUCACCGGCUUUCCCGUUUCUUGAAACCAACGGUUUUCUUGCAGGUUCGCCAUUUUCAACUGGUGUUUUGGUGCCCAAUGGGUUAUCUUUUCACCAUGCUCACACCGAUUAUACAGUCACUCCAUCUGCAAAUUUGUCUUCAUAUCCUGAUUCUCAAGAUGAAAAGAUUGAUGAAAACAGUGUUACCCGUGUGAUUUCAAGGCGAGAUAUGGCUACCCAGAUGAGCCCUGUGGACAGCCGAGGGUCAUCUCCAAACAGAAGGCCGCCACCGUCCACCUCUCCUCCACCAAUACCGUCAUCAGUGGAGCCUCGCAGCCACCAUUCUGCUAGAGUGGAAGUCAGGGAUGUCGAGGUAGACAAAGGAAUCACCAUCACAAAGCAAACAAAAAGACACCCGAGGAGAACAGAAAAGAAUAGGCCAACGGAGAUCAAGAACCUGGAUUUGACAUGGAAUCCCACAGAAGGAGCAACCGAAUUGUCAAAGCUCCAGAAAGAGGAAGCAAGGAUCGUUGCUUGGGAGAACCUGCAGACUGCAAAAGCAGAGGCAUCAAUUCGAAAACUUGAGAUGAAACUGGAAAAGAAGAAAUCAGCAUCGAUGGACAGAAUCAUGAAGAAGCUUAGACUCGCGCAAAUGAAAGCCCAAGAAAUGAGAAAAACGAUGGCAAGGAGUGAAGCUCCCGGGACUUCCCGCAAAGUCAUGCCCUUGCAGCGAUAUGCAAACAUUUCUCUUAUCUCCUGCUUUCGUCCCGAUCACUCCUGAUCCUUUAACUUGAUUCAGUGAAGAGAUGAGUGAGAAGGCAUGGUAGAGUUUGUGGUUGAUGAUGCAAAUGGAGUUUGAAGAAUGUUGAUGCAAUAGUUUUGGGUUAAUUAGUAGUAAUUUAGUUGAAUGGCAGAUGUUGAGUAAAUAUGUAGACGGAAAGAAGGUACAUGUAAUGUUUUUGUGUGAAUCUACAUUUACUA